AUGCAACAAGAGAGUGGCAGUAGUGUUCGUCGCGAAGCUCUGACUAUUCAUACUGGCAACCUCGGACGACCGAUUCUCAAAUCCCUUCUCAACGCUGGGUUCAUCGUCACAGCACUGUCUCGACCUGGCGGUAAUGCUUCUGCUUUGCCAUCGCACCCAAGUCUCAUCGUCAAAGUAGUCGACCUCACCUCGUCCGACUCUCUCCAGCCUGCUCUCCUUGAAAUAGACGUUGUCAUAUCAUGCGUUGCCACACUAGCCAUAUGCAUCCAGAAAUCCCUGGUAGAUGCCUCAGUCGCAUCUGAGGUGAAGAGAUUCAUCCCGGCAGAGUUUGGAAUGGACUCUGCCAACGCUCUCUUUGCGCAGCUGCCUGUUCGCGAACCCAAGGUUGCAACACGACGAUAUCUCCUGCAGAUUUUAGAGACGAAUCCACAAUUUACGUUUACUUGCAUUCCCAAUGGGCUCUUUCUUGACUGGGGUCUCCAGAUGGGGAUUAUCUUGGAUCUGAAAAGGCACACUGCAACAUUGUACAAUGGUGGCAAUGUUUCUUUCAGCGCAACAACCCUCGAAGAUAUCGCUUCGACCGUGUUAGCCAGAAACCGAUUUGUAUACGUGCAAUCGGCGACGCUUACCCGAAAUCAGCUAAUCGAAUUUGCCAAAGAGAUUGGUGGUAAGGCUUGGGAGACGGCUAUCAUGACUACGGAAGAGAUAUGGCGGCAGGGCCUUGUUGAGAUGGAAAAGGGACCUCAGGCCGACAUCAAUGCUGCGAUGUUAGGUUUCUGUCUUUGUGGAUCUUUUACGAGUGACUUCAACUGCGAUUUCUCAAGCCAUUGGGAAAACAACUUAUUGGGGCUGAAGGGGCUCACGGAAGAUGAAGUGCGGAGUUUGCUAGCCGGCUUAUUGUAG